UAUUAAAACGAAAAUUGACUCAAAACAAAAAAUAAUGCAAACAGCAAAACACAUACAAGCAUUUUAAAACAUGGUUCAUAACUCCAAAUCUAGUACUGCCCGUGAUUCGACGAGGUGAUAUCGACAUCAAAACCCCUGCACUUCGAGUACGGGCAACCUGCCAGACCGUCUCGACAGCCGGCGAAAUCUAUCGAGUGAGCUUUGUCCCUCAAAAGUCUGUUUGAACUGAAUUUGGAAUUUGAGAUAUUAGUAAUGGGGAGCAGCGACUGCGUUUUUUUUCCUCUUUCCUUUUUUUUGGUUUAUUGAAGAAUCGAGGGAUUCUCGAGUAGUGCCUAGACCACACUUCUUUUCUCCGGCUGAUUAUUGUCGACCAAUAAGAUGAAUCUUUUUUUCUUUUGUCCGCCGGCAACCUGUUUCUUUUUCUAUCAACUUCCCAAUUAAUUCCUCUUCUAUUUAAGGGAUUUAUGUGUGCCGAAGGCACUCUGAAAUAGGGAAUUGUCAAUUGUAGAAGCUAAAGCCGAGUUGGGAACGUGAGGGGAAGCAGGAAAGAGGGAAAAAAAUAGGGAGAAAAUUAAAUGUGAUUCUCGCUUAAAAGUGAAUGCAAUAGAAUUAAAAUCAAACAAAGAUGUUUGAAGGAUUGGUGAGGCAGUUGAUACUGGGAUAUCUGGGUAAAUACAUUAAAGACAUCCAAAAGGAGCAGCUUAAAAUCACUCUUUGGAAUGAGGAAGUGUUACUCGAAAAUGUGGAGCUGAUUCUUGAAGCCUUUGACUAUCUCCAGUUGCCAUUUACUUUCCGAAAAGUCCUGCCUUUUGGGCUUCUUACUGGUGACGUGAUUAGUCUGAUCACUUGUAUAGUGCUUAAAACAUUGCUUUUGGGGACGGUUGCAUUUGCAAUUGAAAUCGAGGUACCUGCUACUGAGGCCUAUGUGGUUUACAGCGUGGUAGUGGAUGUGGAUGUUGAAGUUACGGAUUGCAAUUACAACAGAGAAGUAGUGGCAUCUGAGAUGUACACCUUUGAGAUGUAUGAGGGGAGGGACAAGAUGACAUCGUCAUCAAGGAAGACCAACGAAAAAUGCAAGGGAACAGGUAAUCAGGCUGGAAAAUCUUUUAUUUCAUACAUCACUGCAAAGAUUCUUGAUAGCAUUCAAGUGUCCAUCCGGAAUGUUCACAUCCUCUACCGAGACACGCUUAGUGCAACGCGUUACCAAGUAUGGACUUUCUUUAUGCCUAUGGACUGUGGGCGUAUAGAAAAGGAAGGUAAAAAUGGAAAUUAUGAAGAUAUUUUAUUUGGUGUGAAGUUUUCAAGUUUGACAAUAUUGAGGCAAACUGCUUUUGGACCUUCAACUGCAAAUGUUAGAAGGGGUCAAGUCAACAAAUUAAUUGAAGUUCAGAGUUUAGAGCUGUAUUGCGAUAUCCUUAAUGCAAACAAUAAAUCGCAUACAGAGAAUGCCGACGCUUUCAAGAGUACAGAAAAAGAGAAUCUCGAAGAUACCAAGUAUUUCUCUAUGUUAGCCCCAUUGAAUGUAUCAGUGUCUCUGUCGGUAAAAAGAUCAGGAAAGCUAUUAGAUGACGCUCCACAGUAUACUAUCAAUGCUGAGCUAGGUUGCCUGGGUGCCUCAAUGAACGAGGUUCAGUUGCAACAAAUUUUGUCUCUUUGCGAUUAUGUUUCUUUGUCUCGACUAAGGGAGAAAUAUGGCCGAUAUCGUCCUUGGUGGAGCCCUUUAGAGAAAAAGCUCAAGGGAUGGCAAAAGGCAUGGUGGAACUACGCUCAAGAGUCUGUUCUUUCUGAUGUUCGGAGGAGGUUGAGAAGAACAUCUUGGAAGUACUUUGGAGAAAGGCUAAGCACUCGUCGGAAGUAUGUGAACUUGUACAAGGCCAAGUUGAAAUGCCUCAGACAUGAUCAGGUAAUAGAGGAAGAUAUUCAGCAUGAGUUAGAGGAAAUGGAGAAAGAAACUGAUAUAGAUGACAUUUUGAGUUACAGAUCUGUCGCUGAACGGGAACUAGAGGAUUUUUUGGUAAACUCAUCAACGAGGUAUGGGACCAAUUGUGGAAAUAUUGACAAGUCUGAGGGAGAUGAUCGUCCUACUAGUAAGCCACGAAGCUGGUUGAAUUGGUUAUCUUAUGGGAUGCUUGGAGCUGGAGGAACUGAUGAUUCUGAUAGGUUUUCUGGUGUAAUUUCGGAUGAUGUCAUCAAGGAUAUAUACGAGGCAACAAAAUUCAAUCCUGCUGCUGUACUAGUUGGAGAUUCUGCGAUGAUGGAUGAAGUUUACUUUUCUUCUCUAAAAAUCAACAUAUCCGAAAUUCGCACCACGUUCUGGAGCAUGUUGUUGGCUUGUAAAAGGCUAGUGAUUGCUUUUAUCGGUAGUUUACGUUUAAAGGAGCUGGGGUGUUCCAUUGUUGAUUUGAUGCUCACAGGGAUCUACGUCGAGGGUAGGGUCUGGGAGAAAUCUGAAACUAUUAUUGUUUCGGUCAACUCUGCUCAGAUGCUUGAUCCUGUUAACAAUCAAGUUGUUAUGUUCACGAAAAAGGUCAAGUCCUUGGAUGAGGUUCUUGCAAAGGAGGAGCCUUCUCUAAAUAUCAAAAUUGAUCUCUACCCUUCAAGUUCUGAUUUAAGUUCCUCUGUGAAGGUGGUACUUGGUUCAAGUGAACUGUGUUGUGAUCCAGUAUUUGUUAAGAAUAUUGCAGAUUUCUUGUUUGUCAUACCACACUUCAGCUUUCAGAGGAAUAGGCAUGCUAGGUACUUCCGUGCUUCGUGGUACAUGCAUCAGCACUUGAGAAUAUCAUUUCUGAGCUCCUUCUCAAGGUGCUUUGCUGAGCAGUGGGCCUCCAUGAAUCUUCAAUUCCUGCCUGCUUUCAUAUUAGGAUUUUAUUGCGAUGUCCCCGUAUCUAUGUUGAUCUCCUACACAUAUCAGCUCAACAAUAAGCUUUGGCUUGACUUCUACGAAACUUCGCAUAGUGAGUCGACCGCGGAGGCUCCUUUGAUAAGAGGUCUCAAUAUAGAUGGGCCCAACGAUUGUUUUUUUUUAUCAAGCCGUACAAAGAUGAUAUGGGAUGUUAAUCUUUUCAAUACUGUCAUAAACAUGCCAUGGAAAGAUGUCAAAGCACAUAAUAUGGUUAUAGAAGUUGCAGCUAUUUCCAUCACAUCCAAAUCAGAAGUAGAUUCUUCUACUUCUGACCUGGGAGAUAAGUCUCAUCUUUUGAGCAGAUAUAUAGGUCUCGGUCUUGGUUCUGUUCAAGAUAUGCUAGGGGGGUGUCAGCUUCAGGAUCUAUAUGAUCACUUUGACUUCCAGAUAAAUGAUGCGCAGAUAAGACUGAUGAUGCCUUCUUCUGCAACUACCCCUUUUGUUGAGAAAUUUAAUGCCUCUUUGAGCUUGGUAUCCUGUAUUUUACCUGAUGAACCAAUCCUCAAAGAGUUGGAGGUUCAUGUGCAUGUGCCGUCACUAACUGUUCACACCUCAGUCUCCAUUUAUGAAGAAAUUUUGGGAUUAAUUUCACAGUUAAUUACACAUCUUCCUCCAUCCGACUCGACAGCUUCAGUGGAACUCAAGUCUAAUGGAUUGAAGACCUCACUAUAUAAAUGGUUCUCUAUCCAUGCCAAUUUGGAUAUCAUCUUCUUGACAGUUAAUCUUGAAGAAAGUGUGGCUGAUGACUUCACUUUGAACUUCUGUGGUCAGAAGCUAGGUGUUAGGUUUGAUUAUAGUGAUGUUCCCAAAUGCUGGGUCUCUAUGCAGACAUGUCAGAUUACCUCUACCUCUACCAAAGAUGACCAGCGAAACCAAGUUCUUUGCUCAACAAGAAGCAUGUUGGGGUCUGAAACUAAGCAUCAGCAGAACAAUGGUGUCGAGUUAGAUGGCCGAAAUGGAAAUUUGGGUGGGGGAAGUUCAACUGUUGAUGGGUGUAUAUUUAUGCAUUUUGAAAUUCUUGGAACUGGUUGUGGUUUUCUUCAGAAGUAUACAGUUUACGCAACUGAUCUUGAUAUCCAUUGCUAUCCAUUUGUUGUUGGGCACUUGGCUGGGUUUUUUAACAAAAUAGGAGUCAGUAGAGACUCUGAUAUUGAUGGCACAAUUCCAGAUAUAGAAUCAGAAAACUCAUCAAGACAUGGUUUUGACCUUAAGAAUGAUGUUCCUUCAAGUGAAAUUGGCUCGUACGAGUCAUCAAAUAUUUCAUUGAAUCACAUUUCUUUCACGCAGUUUGACAAUCUCAGGUCUUGUUGUAAUCUUGAGAAUAUGGUUGAUGUGGGGCUUAAAUUGAGCAAAUCAUUCUAUUCAGAAGACCAGAAAACACAAUACAGGAGCAUCAUGGAGAGAUCAGAUAUCUUAACUGCUUCACUCGUGAAUUCGAAAUUUGAUGCUGAUUCUUCAGAACGGACAUAUAUGAAUGGUGAAAUGGUUCUAGGCAAUUUGAGUCUUGGCAGCAUCACAAUGCAUUUCCAUGAUUCUUCAUGCAUUGUAGGCACUGUGGUGGUGCCCUUAGCAAAACUUAUAUUUAGAGUUCAUGAAGAUUCUUUUGACAUUGUUUGUUCAACAGAGGGUUUGGUCCUUUCUUCAUCGUGGUGGAAUCACAUAUCCAGUGAAUAUCUUUGGGGGCCCAUAUCUUCAAAUUGCUCUCCUGUUCUGAACUUACAUAUGAAGAAAAGGCAUGCCGGUUCACCAAAUUCCCAAGUUGAAUUCAGAUUUCACAUCCAGCAGGUUUCCUGCAUGUUGACUUCUGAGUUUCUAGCUAUGUUUAUUGGUUAUUUUUCUCUACCUGAUUGGAGCCCUUUUGCAACAGACCAUCUUGACACCAUGAGUUUUGAAAACUCUGGUACUAUCAAGUAUGAUUUUGAGAUAGUUGAUUGUAAUGUAAUUACACCAGCCAACACUGAUUACUCUGAGUUUCUAAAGGCUGAUAUUAAACAGUUACACAUUGCUUUCUUUGAGAACAGUAACAGAAGUUCUAUAACCAAGGGUAUACCUUCUGCUUGCUGCUUUGAUGCAGGCAAAUUUUCUGGUAGAAAUCAGUGUUUAGAUUUCUUAGGGUGUGACCUAUCACUGUCCGUUUUAUUACUUGAAACGAAUGAGAUCAAUCCCUUGAACAGAUGGCGAAAUCUUAGUUUGGUCGCGUCACUUAGUGCAGAUGUGUGGGUGAGGAUACCCUAUGAUUCUGGGUCCGGUUUAGCUUCCUCUCCAGUUUGUAUCAUGGCUAUGGUCAAUGAAUGUCUUGUUGAUAUUGAAGAAGUAUGUGCAAUCACUGGCUUCAGAACAUUGAGUUAUAUCAUUGAUCGGUUUUCCUUGUUGGAUGAAGAAUCAAAACUUUUCACUUCUGAUGUUCCACAUUUUCUACAAGCAAGCAACCAAAUGAUGAGAUAUGCUGCACUUGUUCCUACAACGUCAAAUAUGGCAUAUGUUGAGAUGAGAUUUUGUGUGGAGUCUUUAUCUUUAAGAUUGCAUCAAUUGCGAAGAGACUCAAUUUUUUCGGAGACCACGACAGAGGCUGAGAUGCACUUUGUGUGUUCUAUAUCAUUGAUGGCUGGCAAACCUCACUGUAUCAAUAUUUCUUUUUCAUCUCUAUCACUAUUUUCAUCACUGAACUGUGUUGUGCUUGCCGAGUUCGCUUGUCCCGGGUCAUGUUCAUCAGCUCUUGACAUAAUAUUUUCAGUAACAGAUUAUGGUGAAAAUCGAGUAGUUGUGUCCUUUCCAUGUUUGGAUGUGUGGCUGCAUUUACCUGACUGGAAUGAGGUUAUAGAUGUAGUUAGUUCACUUGCCAAGCAACUUCCUAAGCUGCAACCAAGCACCUCAGCAGAAGAUAUAUCUGGCAUUCCAGUUGAUAAUGUUAAAUCUGGAGUUGAUGCUCCAAAUCAUGAAGCGCCGUUAAAUAUUAGCGAUGUUUCCGCCUUUCCUACUUUAGCACUAGAACAUGUUGGCUUUUCUGUUCAUAUUCCGGGACUGGUUAACGGAAAUGCGAAAGACGCAUUUGGGGGGCACCCUUUUUUCAACAAGCACCCUCUGGACGAGUAUUGUAGUGGUCCUGGUGGUAAUCAUGUUUGCUUUCUUUCCAUUAGCCUUCAAAGUAGAAACAAUGAAAUACUAGUAGCUGGUGGAAAAACACUAAAACUGACAGUCUGUUUGGAGAAUUUGAAUGGGACGUUGAAGCUAUUUACUGGAGAAGGCGCACAAACUUGGCCUCUAUUUCAGUUUUCUAAAAUCUACCUUGGCACGGAGAUUUUUAUGUAUGGGUCCGGAAAUGUCGACUUGAAAUUGUUAUCGAGAUGUGACUGUAUGGAUCUGUCGCUUUCAAGUUACAUUCUGUACCUAUUUCAUCUUGCUUGGUUUGAAAAAUCAGAACAAGUGCCUAGUCAAUUUAACUUAAGGAGAGUGGACUUAGAAUUGCAGUUAAGGAAACUCUCUCUUCUUUUAACGGAUUGGAAGACAUCGAAUGCACCUUUGCUGGAGUUUCUUGUGAGAGACUCAAUUGUUUUCUCCACUUUUACUGAGGAUGAAAUCGACGGAUCACUUGGGUGUGAGCUUCAAAUGAACUACUAUAGCAUCGACAAGGUCUUGUGGGAACCUUUUAUGGAGCCCUGGAAGUUUCAGUUAAGGAUGAGCAGAAAGCAGGAUGUAGGGUGUCUCUUCAGUGGCACUAUUAUGACAGAUAUCAGUCUUGAAUCUAAGACGCAUCUUAAUGUGAAUCUUAACGAGUCCAUUAUUGAGCAUGCUUACUUGGUUAGCAACAAUUCUGCUCAUUGUUCUAUUCAGUACAAGGUUGUGUCAAGAACAAUUGAGAUGAUUGGGGAUGCAUGGACCCAUUCUGGAAUGGCAGAAAUCCCAAAUCCUUCAAAUUCUCAGAUAGCUAAAAUUCCAGAGGCACGAAGAUACACUCCAUACAUUCUACAGAACUUAACUACUCUACCUCUAGCUUUUUUUAUCUCUCAACAGAGCUUUGGGAAUGAUGAUCUGGGUGUGUCCCCUUCGAAAGGAUUCUUGCAACCUGGCUCUUCUACUCUUGUUCACAUCAAUGAAUCACCUGCGGAAUUACUUUUCCGGUAUAGACCAGCACAAUCUUCUGAUAGACUCAAUGACAACCAAUUACUUGAGGCAGCACAUCGAUAUGUUAGUUUUCAGCUGGAGGCUACCUCUGUACCUUCUGCUCCAAUUUCAAUGGAUCUUGUUGGUCGUAGAUAUUUCGAAGUUGAAUUUUCACAAUCUUCACAUGUUUUGGAGGUCCAAAGUGAUGAAAAUUCUAUGAAAAGAAAUGGAAAAUCCAAAGGAGAUGGUGUGGGAGAUGCAGCUAGAGGGUUCGCUAUUCCUGUCUUGAUUGAUGUUUCUGUGCAGCGGUUUACCAAGUUGAUACGAUUAUAUUCAACAGUUGUGAUUCUAAACUCAACUUCCAUGUUGCUUGAAGUAAGGUUCGAUAUUCCAUUCGGUGUGGCCCCAAAGGUUUUGGGCCCGAUAUAUCCUGGCCAGGAGUUUCCUCUCCCAAUUCAUUUGGCUGAAGCAGGCUGUAUUCGAUGGCGUCCUCUUGGUGAUUCAUACCUAUGGAGUGAAACGUUUAAUAUGUCUAGUAUUAUCUCUGAGGAUGUCAGGAUUGGUUUUUUGCGUGCUUUUGUUUGCUAUCCUUCUCAACCAAGCAGUGAGGCGUUUCGCUGUUGCAUUACUGUGAAUAAGCAGUGUCUGCCUCCAGUUGUCAGAACAAGAAGGGUUAAUUCCUCAGUUGAUCUUGAAAGUGGUAAACAAACUCCAGGGUCAAAUGUUCAAUCCUUGAACAAUUUCGAGAUACCAAGGAAUCGGUUUCUUUACCAGUUAAUGUUGACUAGUCCGCUAGUGUUGAAGAAUUAUCUCAUGAGACCUGUGUCUGUGACACUAGAAAAUGCUGGUGUUACACGCACUGCCUUCCUUUCCGAGGUUGAAACUUAUUUAUAUCAUAUUGAUUCUUCUCAUGACCUGUCAAUAACAUUCCAAAUGCAUGGGUUUAGGCCUUCCACUCUGAAAUUUCCACGUGCUGAAUCAUUUUGUGGAAAAGCUAAAUUCAGUGGAACUAAGUUCUCAUUGUCAGAAAUAAUAAAAUUUGAUCCUGAGUUUUCCGAUGGCCCAUUAUACAUUACCAUGGAGAAGGUGAUGGAUGCGGCAUCUGGAGCGCGUGAACUAUUCAUCUUUGUUCCAUUUUUGUUGUAUAAUUGUACUGGAUUUUCUCUGGUACUCUCUACCUCUGUCAAUGAAAUGAAAGGAGGAUAUAACUGCAUCAUUCCGUCAUGCUAUAAUUUGGACGAGCAGAGCUUGGUUAAAAAGAAAGACGGUCUUGGGCUGAUAUAUUCUGAUCAGACUUUUCCUGCUUCAGGAUGUAUUGGUGAAACAUAUUCGAGUUCACCCAAUUUUGUACAAAGUGGCAGUGGAAAGGUCACAGCUUGCUUGUUUUCUCCUGAUCCUCAUUUGUGUUCGGGGGAAGCCAUGGUAAAGCUGAGUAGGUACCUGCCUUCGGUUACAGAAAGUUCUCCAAAGCAUUCAUGGUCUGCUCCGUUUUCACUUGUCCCACCAGCUGGUUCAGCCAGUGUUCUUCUUCCCCAACCGUCCAUGGCAGUCGGAUAUGAAUUAUCUGUUUCUGUUAUGGCUGCACCUUUUUCUGCAAGGACAAAAAUUAUCACUUUCCAACCCAGGUUUGUGAUUGCUAAUGCAUGCACAAAAAAAAUAUUAUAUAAGCAGAAGGGAACUGAUUCUCCUUUUCUAUUGGAAACUGGUAAACAUUCCCAUAUUCAGUGGAUGGAUACAACAAGGGACUUUCUGCUUUCUGUACGAUUUGAUGAGCCAGGAUCGGAGUGGUCUGGGUGCUUUUCACCAGAGAAUUUAGGUGACACUCAAGUCAAAGUGCGCAACUAUAUGACAACCGCUGUCAACAUGAUGCGUGUGGAAGUUCGGAGUGCUGAUGUUUCUGCUGAAGAAGGAAAAAUUGUUGGAAGCACAAGUGGAAAUUCAGAGACAAACUUGAUUCUUUUGUCCAUUGAUGAUACAGGCUUUAUGCCAUAUAGGAUUGACAACCAUUCAAGGGAGAGGUUACGGAUAUACCAGCCAAAAUGUGAAUCUUUUGAAACAGUCAUUUACCCUUACACAUCUUCCUCUUAUGCCUGGGAUGAACCAUGCUAUCCGCACCGUCUCAUUGUUGAGGUGCCAGGCGAACGUAUUUUAGGAACAUUUGCCAUUGAUGAUGCAUCUGCUCAUUCACUUGUGUGUCUCCCUGCAACUUCAGAGAAGCCUGAAAGAAAUUUGCUCAUUUCUCUCCAUUCUGAAAGAGCAAUUAAGGUUCUAAGUAUCAUUGAUUCAAGUUACCAUGUUUUGGAAGAUCUGAAGAGUCUUCAUGUUCCCCAGUUGAAAGAUAAAGGAAGGCAGACUCAAAAAUAUGAAUCUUUUCUUAGUUACAAGGAAAGGUUUUCAAUUGACAUUCCGUUUCUUGGAGUCUCUUUAAUGAGUUCUCGCCCUGAGGAGCUGCUCUUUGCAUGUGCCAAGAAACUGAAAGUAAACUUCGUGCAGAGUUUGGAUCAGCAGCAGUUCUCCCUGCAAACGGCAUUGUUGCAAAUUGACAACCAAUUACACACAACGCCUUAUCCGGUAAUCCUGUCCUUCAAUCGUGGGAACAAGAGCAAUUUUGUAAACCAAAUGAAGUUUAAAGAUAAAAGUGCAAUCGGUGGAGGUGCAAGUCAAAUAGCUUCCACAGACUUGCAUGAGCCAGCGUUCUCGUUAGCUGUUUCCAAGUGGAGAAACUCCGAUGCAUCUGUGGUUUCAUUUGAAUAUAUUAACCUCAGAAUAGAAGAUUUUUAUCUUGAGAUUGAGCUGGAAAUUGUGUUGAGAUUAUUUGAAUUUUGCAAAAGCACAUCUUCACGACUGCGUAGCAGAGUUUUUCAGCAUGUAGACUCCACGCAGAGUCUAGUGUUUUCUGAUUCUGAAUUUGCUGAAACAUCUAAAAUUGCUUGGGCGAGUUCUGCAAGAUUGGAUGAGAAACACCCUUUUGGCGCUAGUACUAUGCUUAGUAAUGAUAAAAAAAGAAGCUAUUUGCUUCCUCAUGUAGUCCCAAUUGGAGCUCCUUGGCAGGAAAUUUGCCUUUCCACGUGGAAGCAUAAGAAAAUAUAUGUUGAACUUUUUGAUAUGGGGCCAAUAAAACUAACAUUGAGCUUUUCUAGCAGCCCAUGGAUCCAAAGGAAUGGUGUUCUUACAUCUGGAGAAUCUCUUAUUCAUAGAGGUCUUAUGGCUCUUGCUGAUGUCGAGGGAGCAAAAAUUAAUUUCAAGCAGUUAGUUCUUUCAGACCAGAUGGCCAGCUGGGAAUCUAUCCAAGAGAUCCUUGUUAGCCAUUAUACUCGACAAUUUCUACAUGAGAUGUAUAAGGUUUUUGGUUCUGCUGGUGUUAUAGGAAACCCUUUGGGGUUUGCAAGAAGUUUAGGUCUUGGUAUCAAAGAUUUUUUCUCCCUUCCUAUCUGGAGUGUUUUCCAGAGCCCAGCUGGACUCAUUACAGGUAUGGCCCAAGGGACAACAAGCCUGCUUAGCAACACAGUGUAUGCUAUAAGUGAUGCUACUAGUCAAUUCAGCAAAGCUGCACAUAAGGGUAUUGUUGCCUUUACGUUUGACGACAAAAACGCGAUGAUGAUCGAGAGGCAGAAGAAGGGCAUGUCAUUGCAUAGUAAAGGAGUAAUCAAUGAAUUCCUGGAGGGACUUACUGGUGUGCUCCAAUCACCAAUCAAAGGAGCUGAAAAGCACGGGCUUCCAGGAGUUGUUUCAGGUAUAGCUUUGGGUGUUACUGGGCUUGUGGCAAGACCUGCAGCUAGUAUGCUUGAGGUGACUGGGAAAGCUGCACAGAGUAUUAGGAACCGAAGUCGAAUCUCAAUCCAGCGAAGGUGUCAUAGGGUCCGUUUGCCGAGACCUUUAAGUGCAGGCUCCCCUUUGAGGCCUUACUCCUGGGAAGAAGCUGUUGGGUCGUAUUUGCUCAAGAAGCUAAAGGAGGAGGAAAAAGAUGAAGAAGAAGAGGAAAAUUUAGUGAUGUGCAAAGCACUUAAGAAUCCCGGCGAAUAUGUAUUGAUCACUCAGAGGCAUAUAUUGGUUGUUAGCUUAAAACACUUUGGUGAGCCGAGUUUCGAAGGUGUUCCAGCUGAUCCUGAGUGGGAUGUUCUAUCUCGGAUAGGAAUGGAGAGUGUAAUUCUUGCUGAUAAUGAUAGUGAGGUGGUGCAUAUUGUUGGAAGUGGUUUAGAUGCAUCAUCAGCAGCAGCAUCUCAUGGUAAAAGGAUGCCAUGGAAGAAUUUUCAAACUCCACUGCCUCUUUUGCAGACGAACUUGGAGUUGAGCUGUGGAGAAGAGGCAGAUAAGUUGUUGAGAGCAAUAAGGUGUUUGAUGGAGACGGGAAAAGAGAAGGGGUGGGGUCGAUCCAUCUAUAUUGUGCACCAGACAAAUAUCAGGUGAAUGCCUCUAAAUUAUUCUGUUUUGUGUAAAUGUGUAGAGAAUUAAAAUGUUUUGUAUUAUUUGAAAAAAUACUUUUAAUAGCUCAACAAUGAUAAGCUGUCUUUAAGAUUAUAUAUAUUACACUUGAUUCGAUGCGCGUCUCGCGGCGGAAUAGUAUUUUUGGUUCUUUAUGCCUGUCAAAAUCCAUGCAAAUAGUUUUUGUGAAUUGAUAUUUGUAGGAUAAAUCUAUGUCCAUCUAUCUAUAUCUUCCUCAAUCUAAUCAUGUAUACUGUUAUAAA